AUGUCUCACGAUAGCGUUUGGAACUCCCGCCCCCGCACCUACGGCAAGGGCGCGCGGUCGUGCCGUGUCUGCACCCACCGUGCUGGUCUGAUCCGCAAGUACGGCCUCGACAUCUGCCGUCAGUGCUUCCGUGAGAAGGCUGCCGACAUUGGUUUCGUCAAGGUACGCUCGGAGCGCAUACUUCUAUCAUCACCGUUAAACCUCGAAUACCCACUGCGACGGAGGGGGACGGGCAGGAGAAUCAUGACGCACGGAUGA